CCUUCUUCACUUGGAUCACUUGAGUGGAGCAGAUAUCGAAGAGACAGGCAGCCAUUCAAUAUCAAGUAUAAAUUAUAUUGAAAUAUCAACAUUUCUAUUUGAUUUAAGAGCUUGGAACUUCGAUCAGACACCAUGUCGACAGUCAGUGCCCUGCCUUUCCUGAAAUCUAGUCUCCUAAUGCGCCCUCCCAUGGGUUCCAUCACCCCCAGGCGCGGGCGUCGCCACACACUCCCGGCCAGCGAGUUCCGUUGCCUCAGCCCGGAGGACGCAAUCAGCGUGUUUGAGAUCGAAAGAGAGGCCUUCAUCUCUGUGUCUGGAGAGUGUCCGCUCCACUUGGAUGAGGUGUGUCACUUCCUGACGCUGUGCCCUGAGCUGUCUCUGGGCUGGUUUGAGGAGGGACGCCUCGUUGCCUUCAUCAUAGGAUCACUGUGGGACCAGGAGAAACUAGCCAUGGACGCUCUCACCCUCCACAAGCCCCAUGGCUCCACGGUCCACCUCCAUGUGCUUGCUGUCCACCGCACCUUCCGGCAGCAAGGCAAGGGCUCCAUCCUGAUGUGGCGCUACCUGCAGUACCUGCGCUGCCUGCCCUAUGUGCGCUGCGCCGUGCUCAUGUGCGAAGACUUCCUGGUCCCUUUCUACCAGAAGUCAGGAUUUAAAGUGCAGGGCCCCAGCGACAUCACCGUGGGGCCCCUGACCUUCAUUGAGAUGAUGUACCCUGUCCGGGGCCACGCGUACAUGCGCCGCAACAGUGGUGUUUGAGGGGAUACGAACUAAGAUGGAUGCCUCCUUCAAUGGGGGGUGUGACCAACCUUCCGUGGCUGGAAGACGGCUACAGUGGCAAGAAAAAGUAUGUGAACCCUUUGGAAUUACCUGGACUUCUUCAUAAAUUGGUCAUAAAAUUUGAU